ACCAGAAAAGAGGAGAAAGCGUUCCAGCGGUGAGGUGCUGUUCUGCUAGGAGAACGUCAGCAAGGGAUCGCGUCGCGACUCCAACCCAAGCACGAGCGCCGCUCCGCGCCUUGGCUCUUCUUUCUGGAAUCUCCACCGACACAAAAUGAUGCGAGGCUGCAUUCCUCAAGGCAAUCACAUAAUUUCUUUCAGCGGCCCCAAACGAGUUUAGGGUUGAUGCCUCCCCGAAGGACAACCAGGUUUCAUCUGGGCUUUAUACUUUUGUGCUGCCCUGAAACGAUGUGAUUGUCUUGAAUAAAGAUUGAUACUGUACGGCCUCUGGUAAUAAGAGUGUAGGUGACAGCUGAACGUGCUGUGAGGAUGGUCAGCUUGUUGUGAGAGGCGUUUUAUAUAACUCUAAUACACCUCACAAGGGUGGUGCGUUUGUCAUUUCCUGACAAUUCUCGGCUUGGCAACUGGUCUCCGCCGCCUCCACUCGCAGCAGUACUCGCCUCAAACCGCCAUCGCGAGCUGCAAAUCACGAAAGUCGCGGGCUCGUGGGCUCGUGGGAUUCCUGUGGGAUCGUGGGCUCACUUCCCGCAAUCCAUCGCAACAAUUUCGCCAUUCCCCUGCUUCGUCCUCCUCUCCUCCUCACAUACCUCCGACGCCAGUCAAGGUGCUUCGCGAAUCGAGUCGCAAGUCCGAUUCUGUUAAGCCCUCGCGGAUGAAUAAAGCCAUCGCGGAUGAAUAAAGCCCUCGCGGAUUAAUAAAAUCCUCGCGGAUUAAUAGAGCCGUCAAAAAUCGCCAGUCGCGGAUUGAUGACCUCGUAUAGCGCCACGCCCAUCCAGCCGCCUUCGCGACGAACCCCUCGGCGAUGGCUGCUCGCUGGCCUCCUCCUCCUGCUCCCCGCCUCGCUCCUCCUCCUCUCGCACUACGUCCAGCUCCUGCACUCCCCCUCCGCGUCUCUCGCUCGCCAAUCAAGUCUGCUUCCCUCUCAACUACUCUCCCAUGUUGACACGCCUUUUGAGGCGUCUCAAAACUCAACCCCGCUCGCCUCUCCCCUACUGCUAGGCUCCCGUGCUGAGACGCCUCAAAAUCCGUCCCUCUCGCUUCCCGCUCUAACCGCCGCGAAUUCCGCUUCUGAAGCGUCUCUCGAGCAUCCGUCGUCUAUCCUCCGGCUUCUUAAGUCGGAGUUAGGAAAAGCGGAUCGAGACACGUCAGCAGGGAGGGACGGUCGGGAGAGGCAUACUGGACAGGAGUAUGGAGGAGAGGGGAGCGACGAAGGUGAGGAGGAGGUGGAUAGAAGGGAGGGGGAGAUGGGGCUUGGUGAUGACAGUGAAACCAGCGUCGGGGGAGACUUGGAGGGGAGUGGAAUAGGGAGAAGUGAAGUUGAGGAAAGGGUGGAUAUUGCUAUUGAGAACCAGCAGCAGCAGGAGGAAGUGGGUCAGCAGCCACAGCAGCAGCAGCACCACCAGCAGCAGCAGGAGGAGGAGGAGGAGGAGGAGGAAGAGGGUCAGCAGCAGCCACAGCAGCAGCAGCAGCAUGAAGCCCAGCACACGCCUGAUCCAGCACCCUACUUCCAUCCGCCCAAUCCCGCAACCUCAACUCCCAUUUCCACCACUUCUCCUACCCCUGGCCUCCACCCCCUCGAUCCCCCCACCGCUCCCCCGAAGCUGACGUGGCACCCGCAUCCCAACCGCUACCUGCUGGCAGUGUGCGUGCGCGGGCAAGUCAACAACCGCAUUGGCUGCCUCUACCGCCACCUCAUCCUCGCGGCUCUCCUCAACCGCACCCUCCUGGUCCCCGCGCGCCUCCCCUCCACCACCCCGCAGCUCUGCAAGCGCGGGGCGUCUGGCCGCGCCUGCCCUUCUUACUCCCUCCCUCUCAUCUGGGACCUGGAGCACACGCGCAGGUGCCUGGGGAACGCGUCUGUGAUCAGAUCGGACGAGUUUGCCGCCCGGUUCGGCCGCCCGGUGGAGGUGGGCCACAUGCGGUGCUGGCACGGGCCCGAGGGGCUGUGCCGCCCGACGUAUUCGAUAGUGAAGAAGAACUGCCUGGUGAAUACUGCGCUGAGCGCCAUUGCAGCAAGGCUGAGGAAGCGGUUUGAGGGGCAGCAGGUGGCCAGUGAUGUGGUCCACGCCAUGCUGCUCAAUGGGUCGUCGUUGGGCCUGGCGUCAGAUGGGUCAUCCGAUGGGUUGUCCGAUGGGUUGUCCGAUGGGUUGUCCGAUGGGUCAUCCGAUGGGUCAUCCGAUGGGUCAUCCGAUGGGUCAUCCGAUGGGUCAUCCGAUGGGUCAUCCGAUGGGUCAUCCGAUGGGUCAUCCGAUGGGUCGUCGCUGGCGUCAGGUGGGUCGUCCCUGUCAUCCGCCACCCCAGAUGGCUCGACCUCGUCGUCCGUGUUUCCUGUGCCAACAACACUGGGGGACCAGGUUCUGCAGCUGAGAGGGAAAUCGCUGAAUUUCCCUUCCUCCUCCUCCUCCUCCUCGUCUGUCCCCCCCUCUGCCCCCUCCGCCCCCUCCUCCGCUCUCCCCAUCCGCCCUGUGCCCAUCGACCCCAUCCGCAUGAUCCUCCUCCACCAGCCAGGCAUCGUCUCCAUCCCCCCCUCUGCCACCGCCUCCGCGCUCUGCCUCCCGCGCUUCGUGCACGUGAGGGACGUGCUGAGGGCGUACGCGCCUCUGGGGGAGUCGGUGCCUGUGCUGGCCGUGGGGGACCUGGUGGGCACGGCGGUGCUGGGACUGCCGCACCGGUACUCGCUGCUGCAGCGGGCGGCAAAGAGGUGGGAGGAGACAGGUCAGAGGCAGCAGGGGGGGCAGCGGGAGGGGCAGCAGGAGGGGCUGCAGAGUGAGGUGGGAGGAGGGGAGGGUGGGGGAAUGGAUGGGCGACAGGGUCAGGCAGUAGGGGAGACAGAAGACCAGGCAGAGGAUCAGGUGGAUGGGAGGAACCCCUGGCUGGAUAAGGAUUUCGUGCGACCGCCGGGUGGGCGGUGGCUGGGGAGCUCUGGCAGCGGCGGGCUCCGGGAUUGGUUGAGUAUUUUUCAGUUCCUGCCCGGGUGUCAAAACACAGCCACCAUCAUUCCGCCCCCGGGAAUUUUCCAGCGCGCUCAAGCCAUCAUUCGGUCCCUGUUUGGGGCUGAGAGGGUGGAGAUGGGUACAGGUACCUUCCGAACAGUAGGUGCAGCCAAUAGUAGCACUGGUGCAGGUGAUACGUCCGGCGAUCCAGCUGCAGGUGUCUCUGGUGGAGAAGGAUAUGGUGCAGGUUUAUCUGGUGGGGGCGGGGCAGGAGUGGUGGGAGCACCGACUGACAUGUACCUGCCUGGGUGGACUGACCUGCCAGCGUUUCUGGCGGUGCAUUGGCGGCGGGGCGACUUCCUAGAGUUCUGCGCUCGCUCGGGCCCACCGGGGUUUUGCUUCUACUCGCCCGUGCAGGCUGCGCAGUGCUGUGCUGACGUGGCACAACGCAACGGGCUCAGGAAUGUCUACGUGGCGACGGAUGCUGAUGAACAAGAGUUUCAGGAGUUUCGAGAGACACUGGGGCCACAGUACACUGUGGCACGGCUCCCCUCUUCCCCAUCCCCUUUAUUACCGGACCCACACCUGGACCCUCUGUUGCGCUAUCGGCAAGGGACCUUCGUCAACGAUGCAGCAAGCCUGUUGUACACCAUCCUUGACAAGAUUAUUUGUGUUUAUUCUACGGUUUUUUUAGCCACACCGUCGUCUACACUUUCCAACGACGUUGCUCGGAUAAGGGAGGGGCUUGGCAUACCUGCAGCAAUGGCAGCAGCUGCAGCUGUUGGAGCGGAGGAGGAAGCUGUAGGGGGUGGAGGGGAUGUGAGAACUGGGGUUGAUUUUGGGGAGAGCACAGGAGUGGAAGAGGGAAGGGAUGGUGCCCUGUGUGAGGGGCAGAAAGAGUGGCAUCCUAUGGAUGGAUUGCCUAAAAAUCUACAACAGUUGAAAGCCUUGAGGAUAUUGUCAAAUGACAAGGGAGAGUGGUAAAGCAAGCUGUAAUUUGUAUGACCUUUUAGUCCCUAGUCAUGGUAUAUGUUGCUUUAGUAAUCCCACCUUGAGC